AUGGAUAUCACACAAGUUCAAAAGAACUUUACUCAUUUCAAACAGUUGGCUGAACAACCAAAUCCAGAUGUUAAUAAAGCCAAAGAACUAUUGAAUCAUCUAAAGAUCGAUUUGAUUCAUCUGUCUUCACCAACACAAUCCGAUCACAGUGAAAAAGUAGUGAAAGAAUGUUUACUAGCAAGAGAUAUUUUAGAAAUAGCUGCAUUAUAUAGUGUAAAGGUUAGAGAUAUCAGUGCAUUCGAAAGAUUCUAUGCACAGUUGACCACUUUCUAUCAGGACUACAAGAAAUAUAUUCAACCAUCGGCACUACAAUAUAACAUCAUUGGAUUGCAUUUGAUGAAGUGUUUGGCAACUCAAAAUGCACCAAAGUUCCACUCAGAGUUAGAGUUGAUACCAUUCGACAUGUUAAGUAAUCCAUUCAUCAAAUUCCCAUUGUUGGUCGAGAAAUCCAUUGCAGAGGGUAGCUAUCAAAAGGUAUUGUCAUCUAGAUCACAAGUGCCAUCGGAGCAUUAUCUUGUCUUUAUUGAUUUACUUUCAAAUUCUAUGAGAGAGGAUAUUGCUAAUUGUAUUGAAAGAUCAUUUAAAUAUCUUACAUUGAAGGAAGCACAAAAGGUAUUGCAAGUUGCAAGUCUAGACCAAUUGAGCGAAUAUAUUAAAAAGAGAGGUUGGAAGGUAGAUGGUGACAAGAUUCUCUUUGACUCUGGUCCCCAACAAAUUGAAAUCCCAUCCACCCAACUCAUUCACCAAACUAUUCACUAUGCUAAGGAACUUGAAAGAAUUGUAUAA